AUGGCUGGCCCAGGCGACAGAGAUGGCGACUACCGCCGCUUCCUGCCCGACCUCAGCAUCCCGCGCUUCACGACUAUGCAGAAGCAGGAUGCGCACGAGUACGCCAAGGCCUUCAAGGAGAGUGGAAACCCGCCGUGGCUGCAUGCGCUGUACCUGCAUUGGCGUGACCUGUUCCAGGAACCGUUCAGGGGCGUGACGUCGGAUGGAAACGUUCGCCACGACCUGUUCAAGUUGCAGGACGAGGGCGUGCCCAUCAACUCCAUCGUGGACGCCGCCGCCUCGCUCGUCGGCAAGCUAACCCCCCAGCAAAAGUCGGUCCUCAGCCAUCACAUCGACUCGCCCGAGUGGCGCUCGUGGUCCAACCCCGAGUUCCUGCUGAGCGACAAGGGCCUCCGGCUCGACGAGCUGACGCCCGACGUGCGCGACGCCGUCAUGCUGGUCCUCGGGCGCACGCUGUCGCCCGAGGGCUACCAGAAGGCCCUCGGGGCCAUGCGCAUCAACGGCUUCCUGGGCGAGCUGGUCGGGGCGCCGCGCAUCUGCAACGAGUUCUCGUACAACUUUGUGCUGUUUGGCGAGCCGUCAACCACCGCGCCCUGGGGCUUCUCCUUUUACGGCCACCACCUGUGCUUGAAUGUGCUGCUGCACAAGACCCAGAUUGUCAUUUCGCCGUGGUUCACGGGCGCCGAGCCGAACCUUAUCGACGACGGGCCGUACAAAGGCACGCGCAUCCUGCAUACCGAGGAGGCGCUCGGCCUCUGGCUAAUGCAGUCCCUGUCGCCGGACCAGCAGGCCAAGGCGCAGGUUUACAAGUUGCUCAAGGACCCAGCCAUGCCCAAGGGGAGGUGGAACCACGACGACCAGCGGCACCUGUGCGGAGCGUACCGCGACAAUCGCGUGGUGCCGUACGAGGGCGUCGUCGUGGCCGACAUGGACCCCGCCCAGCAGGAGCUCGUGGUGGCGAUUGCUGAGCAGUACUUGCUGUACCUCCCGGAUACAGCUCACCGGCUACGUCUCGAGCAGGUUAGGGAAUGGUUCCAUGAGACAUACUUUUGCUGGAUUGGCGGCUUCACGGACAAGGAUCCCUUCUACUACCGGAUCCAAAGCCCCGUCAUCAUCGUCGAGUUUGACCACCACUCGGGAGUCUUUUUGAACAAUGCCGAACCGGCCAAGUUCCACAUCCACACCUUGCUCCGGACGCCCAACGGAGGCGACUACGGGAUGGCGCUGAGGCCGCUGUUUGAGGGGAAGGAACAAAAGUUUUUGUGGGAAGGAUGA